AAUUCCGCGCCUUCGACUAUUCGAGUUUCAGCGUCCACCGGCUCAGUUUUCGGUCGAACGUCGUGCCGGCAAGUAUGCCAGCGUCAAGGAGCGCCCCGUCGCCCUCACGAUGUCCCGGUGUCUUCUGUUCGUAAUGCUGGCGGUGUGGGGGACGCGCGUCGCGAGCCGCGUGUGCCCCGGUAGGCUGAUCAACAAGCCGGAGGGGCUGCCGAUGCUGGAGAAUUGCACCCACGUGUACGGGGACCUGAUCGUGGCCGAUCCGUACCGCGACAUGGGACCGGAGAUCCGGUCCAUAGCGUUUCCCGAUUUGGUGGAGAUCAGCGGGUUCUUGGGGUUCUUCAACAUGCAUUGGUUGACGUCCAUCGGCGGGAUGUUUCCCAAUUUGCGCGCGAUUAGAGGAUUGACCACGAUGAAGGGGUACUCGUUGAUUGCGUUCGAAAUGUACGAUUUGCAACAGCUGGGACUUACGAAUUUGCUGCUGAUAGAAAGAGGAAGCGUUUCUAUCGACUCGUGCCCCAAAUUGUGUACCGAUACAGUGGAUUGGAAGGAAUUCGGCGUGAAUAACGUCAGAAUGGUUAGUUCUGGUUAUGAAGUCGAUUGCCAGAAUCCUUGUCCUCAGAAAUGCAAUGGUUAUUGUUGGAAUUCAACGCAUUGCGUCGACAGGGAUAAGUUCCUUGCCCGUUGUCCUGACGAAUGCUUGGGCUGUACCAGCAAGGACGAGUGUUUAUUGUGCAAGGAUCCCUCCAAGGUGUUGAUCGGCGGAAAAUGCCUGGAUAGCUGUCCUAAAAACGAAUACCGCCUUAUGGAUACCUGCGUCAGCCGGGAAAUUUGCGAAACAUUCGACGUUGUCAAGAACGUAACCUACGUAGCGCAUCUAACCGAGAAAGGCGAGAGAUAUUGCCUGGAUAAAUGCCCCAAGUAUCACGAAUACAAGGAAAUCGUCACGGCCGAUAAUAAGAUCGUCCGCAGUUGCAGCUACUGCGGCCACGCCUGCGUGAUCGUCUGCGACGUAAACGAAGACAUCGUCUCGGAGGCAGACAUCAUGCGGCUGAGCGGCUGCACGCACCUCGUCGGCCCGCUGCACAUCCAGAACGUGAAGCUGCCCGACCUGCAGCACCUGCUGCUCGAGCACCUCUCCGACGUGAGGUCCAUCAGCGGCGGGUUGCGCGUCACGCGCACCAAGCUCGCCUCGCUGGAGUUCCUGCGGAACGUCACCUUCAUCGGAUCGAAGGACCCGGAGGUGCCCCGGGCGGAUUACAGCAUCGUGGUGUUCGAGAAUCCGGACUUGCAGGACUUGUGGGCGUUCAGAUCCACGUUGAAGCUCGAAGGAAAGUACAGUUUCCACGACAACCCCAUUCUAUGCUUGUCCAAAAUAGACCAUCUACGGAACGUUACGAAAGUCGAUUAUAAUGUAGUGGACGUUUCCGUGAAUUCCAACGGCGAUCAAGCAGCUUGCUUCACCAAAAACAUAGAAAAAGAGAUUCAUCUCAGCGCCAGAUCAACAAACGCCACUGUUAUCUGGCAACUUCCCGCCUCCGAGGUACCAACCAGAGACGUCUUCUUGAGCACCACGAUUUAUUACAAGAAAACCGACAGCCGAAACGAGACGUUCUACAUCGGCGCGCCCUGCGAGAUCGACAAGAAAUGGAACGAGGAGUACAACGUCACCGAUUCCAGCAACGUCACGUUCUCUUUGAACAACUUGACGCCUUUCUCCUUCUACGCCUACUAUCUGAGGCGGUGCGUCGAGACCGAUCUGGAUUCGAAGUGCUACCUCAGCACGAUAAUGUACUUCAACACCACCGCCGACGAUCCCGACGGCUUCGUCAAGUUCAACUUGGAGCCCAUCGAUCACAGCUCCAUCAAGCUCGAAUGGGAGAAACCCACGUUGCCCAACGGCGUCCUGGCCGAGUACCGGCUGUUCUAUUUCAACUUGGAGGAAGAUUUUUUAUUCGAGAGAGACUACUGCAAGCAUCCUAGAACCAAGGACGGUGACAUGGUGGAUAUCGACGAAAAGGACCAUUAUCCGAGCCCUCUGGACGAUCACGAAGACGAAGAAGAACCGAAACCGCCCGACGACUGCGAUUGUAAGGAAAAGACAAAAGUGGAAUUCAUCCCCAGAGGGGCGAAGUCGCAGCUCUGCGUGGACAUCGCCUUGUCCUUGACCGAGCAGCAGACGUGCGACCAGUACGAGUACCAAUCGGAGAAGCGGAAGAAGCGCUCGGACGCCCGCGAGAAACUGAUCGAUCCGAACGUGACGAGCGUGCUCAUCGACGAUUUGAAGCCGUUCAAGAUGUACGUGUUCUUCCUGCGGGCCUGCAACGAGCCGAAGACGGAGCACUUCUGCAGCGGCGUGCUGCAGAGGUUCGUUCGAACGAGGGCCAAGCCCGGCGCGGACGACGUGGUGAACUUUAAAUCCCGUUACGAUGAGGACGUCCUGAACGUUUCCUGGACGCCCCCGUCGAGUCCCAAUACUCCUAUCGUCGCGUACAGGGUUACCAUUAACUCGGAGAAUAACAUCGUGCCGGUGACUACUUGCAUUGCGAUGUUCAAUGAUACGAAUGGUACGAUACAUCGAGCGUUUCGCGACGUCACCCCCGGCUGGCAUUCGAUUGUAGUGCAAGCUGAAACUCUGGCAGGAGUUUCUAGAGGGGUAGCGGAGAAAUUUUUCGUGCCGUACCCGAGCAACGGACACGGCUCGCUGAUAACCGUUUGCGUUUUGAUUGUACUGUUCCUGGCAUCGGCCGGUGCUGGUUACUAUUACUUCAGAAAGAAGCGCAUGGAUAAGCUACGGCUCAUAAUCGGCGUGAAUCCGUAUUACCCGGAAUGCCCGGAAUACCCCAUAUACCCGCAGGACCAUUGGGAAAUGGACCCCGACGACAUUGAAUUAGUUACAGUGUUGGGCAAAGGCAACUUCGGCACGGUCUACCAAGGCCUCAUCAAGUCCAAGGACCACGUUUGCGCCGUCAAAGUGGUCAACGAGGCGCUGAACGAAUACCAAAGAAUGGAGAUCCUGGUCGAGGCGUCCGUCAUGAAGGCCUUCAGCGAUUGCUAUCACGUGGUGAGGCUGCUGGGCGUCGUCUCGACGCGCCAGCCGCCCUUCGUCGUCAUGGAGCUGAUGGAGCGCGGCGAUCUGAGGAACUACCUGCGGAAGAUGCGCGACUCGUCGCAGGACCUCACCUCCAACGAGAUCUACCGCAUGGCCGUCGAAAUAGCCGACGGCAUGGCGUACCUGUCGGCGAGGAAGUUCGUCCACAGGGACCUGGCCGCCAGGAAUUGCAUGGUGGCCGCCGACAGGACCGUCAAGGUCGGCGACUUCGGCAUGACCAGGGACAUCUACACGACUGAUUACUAUAGGAAGGCGUCCAAGGGCUUGCUGCCCGUCAGGUGGAUGGCGCCCGAAAGCCUGGCCGACGGGGUUUUCACCACCGAUUCCGACGUAUGGAGCUUCGGCAUCGUGUUGUGGGAGAUCGCCACCUUAGCCGAACAACCCUACCAAGGUUUGUCCAACGAAAACGUCAGGCAAUUCAUCAUUUCGAAAGGAAGACUGACUCGACCACCCGAAUGCUCCGAUCUGCUCUAUGAUAUUAUGAAGCAAUGCUGGUCCUGGAGGCCCGGCGAUAGACCUUCCUUUUGGGACAUCGUCGAGAGAUUAGAAGAUAAGGUUAGCGAGGAUUUUAAGCUAGUGUCGUUCGUUCAUAGCCUGGAAGCUAGUCAGUACAGCCGCCAAAGAGUGGAUAUUCCGGCCGCCUUGGGCAUAGCCCCCAGGGAGGAGUUGCUCUGCCACUACAACGUGUCCGACGAGGAUGUCAGUUUGCACGUGGGGGGAGUGCCGAGGCGUCCGGGUUAUUUGCAAGCCUCGAUCAGCCACAGGAGGUUCUCGCCGCCUGACGAUAUAUAUUGAAGGUU